GAGCUGUGUGUGUUGCCACUGGACUGUUGGCUGCAGCGGCGGCGGGGAUGAAGCUCGCAGUCAUCUCUUCGACAGCAACUCGGAGCGCGGAGGUCUACCGCCAAUGCAACUUUUACCAACUACGUUUUCCUUUUAUUUCAACCUUCUUCAGAGAACGAACCCGUUUUUAAAAAGGCCCUUUUUGUUAUUAAACACCUGUCAUUAGUCAUUACCUCGGUUUGGUGUUUUUUUUCAGCCGAAAGCCAACUCGUGCGGUGCUUUUGAGGGAGUACGGAAAACGCAUUACUCCGUUUUUUUGUUUUUGUUUUUCUAUCAUUAAACAGCGUGGAGGAGUCAUUAUGAUGACGCGAGGUGCGCUUUUGGACUUUUAGGUGCUGAACACUUCUCAUUCAAGUUGUCACCAUGACAGACGACUGAUGACUUCUUCCAAUCAGGACUUUUUCCAAACUUGGACUCCUGCUUUUUGUCACCACGUUUAAUAUUGAACCCGCCCUCAGUCCCUCUGUUUUGGCUUUCUGAAGUCUACUUUAAAUGCAGACUGGUCUGCGGUCGGUGAGAACACAGCCGAGACGCCGGUACCAUCCGAUUGUUCCUCCGAGGCACCCAAACAGAGGACACAAGUGCAUUGUGCAGCCAUCACCAUCACUAUGGAGCUGACAUACAGGAUCAUUGGCCUGCUGGGAUGCAUCUUCCUGGACUGGGCUCCUCCUCAGGCUUCUGCAGAGGAAGAGGUGCUGAUGAACACGAAGACGGAGACUUCUGAUCUGAAAUGGACCAUCUACUCUCAGGCCAAACCAGAGUGGGAGGAAAUGAGCGGUUUAGACGAGGAGAACAACAGCGUGAGGAUCUACCAGAUCUGUCAGACUGACAGUUCCUUCAGCCACUGGCUGCGCAGCGGCUUCAUACAGCGACGGGUGGCCUCCCAAGUUUACGUGGAGCUGCGCUUCACCAUGAUGGAGUGCUCCUCCGGGAACGGCCACCACCGCAGCUGCAAGGAGACCUUUAACCUCUACUACUACCAGGCCGACUCCAACGAGGCCACGGCCACGUACCCGCCAUGGAUGGAGAACCCCUACAAAAAGGUGGAUACAGUGGCUGCAGACUUUCUCCUCAGGAAGGACGAGAGGAAAUCCAACAUAAAAACCUUAAGACUCGGCCCUUUGUCCAAGAGAGGCUUCUACUUGGCCUUUCAGGCUCAGGGCGCCUGCAUGGCUCUGCUCUCCGUCAGGGUUUUCUUCAAAAAGUGUCCCCCCUUGAUCAGCGCUCUUUCCUCAUUCCCCGAGACGGUUCCCCGCACUCUGGUGCAAGAGGCGCAUGGUGAGUGCGUAGAGCACGCCUCACAGCAGGGACCCCGACUUCGUCCUCCCAAGCUCUUCUGCGGAGAAGAUGGCCAGUGGGUGGGCCAGCCGACCACUUCCUGUGCCUGCCUUCCUGGAUAUGAGGCCGCCGACGGACACGCAAGAUGUACAGCUUGUCCCGUGGGUCACUUCAAGUCCACCGCAGAGGGACAGUGCACAGUCUGUCCAGGAGCUAGCCACGCCUCCAUCAGGGGGGAGGCUGUAUGUGCAUGUCGGCCUGGAUACUUCCGGGCACAAUCAGACUCUCCAGACACACCGUGCACGAGGCCGCCCUCAGCCCCACGUAGCAUUGCCUCGCAAAUCAACGGCACCUCCCUCCGACUGGAGUGGAACGAGCCUCUGGAUGAUGGCGGCAGAGCUGACCUGAGCUACAAAAUCAAAUGUUUCUCCUGCCGGACGCCGAAGGGGCCAUGUUUAACAUGCGGCGAUAGCGUCAGCUACCGACCAGCCCAGCAGAGCCUGACGAGUCGCAGGGUGGAGAUGUGGGGCCUGUUGCCUCACACCACCUACACUUUCACUGUCCAGGCUCUCAACGGGGUGUCUCAGUUCAGCGGCAAGGACCCCGCCAGCGACAGUGUCAACAUUACCACCAGCUAUGACGUGCCGUCACUGGUGUCUGUGAUUCAGAAGAGUGACUCCACAGAGAGCAGUCUGACUCUACAUUGGUCUGUCCCUGUGCAGCCACAUUACACCAUCCUGCAAUAUCAACUACGCUAUUGUGAGAAGGAGCGGCGCAGUGAAAAUCAGUGCCACUAUGCGGAGAGCAGCAGAAACCAGGCCGUGCUGACGGACCUCCGCAGGGCCACGCAGUACGAAGUGCAGGUCCGGGCGCGCACUAUGGCUGGUUUUGGCAGCUUCAGUCCUGCAGCCCUCUUCCGCACCCUGCCUGACGGACACGACUCUUCCUCCCAGUUCUUGGUGCCAGGCAUCCUUAUCGCCGUCGGGAUGCUGCUGCUGGUCACUUUCAUCUUUGUGACAGCCUACUGCAUACGCAGCAGACACAGCCGCAUGAAAGAUCCAGAGCUGAGUGACAAGAACAGCCAGUACUUAGUUGGCCAAGGGGUCAAGGUUUAUAUCGACCCCUUCACCUACGAGGACCCCAAUGAGGCCGUGCGCGAAUUUGCCAAGGAAAUCGAUGUUUCCUUUGUAAAGAUUGAGGAGGUUAUUGGAGCCGGAGAGUUCGGGGAGGUGUGUCGCGGUCGACUGAGGGUCCCUGGGAAAAAGGAAAACUACGUAGCAAUAAAGACGUUGAAAGGCGGAUACACUGAGAAGCAGCGGCGCGACUUCCUGUCUGAGGCGUCCAUCAUGGGCCAGUUUCAGCAUCCCAACAUCAUCCACUUGGAGGGCAUCAUCACAGCAAGUUGUCCCGUCAUGAUCCUCACAGAGUUCAUGGAGAACGGCGCUCUGGACUCUUUCCUACGGCUUAAUGACAGCCAGUUCACACCCAUCCAACUCGUGGGGAUGCUGCGUGGCAUCGCCUCCGGUAUGAAGUACCUGGCAGAGAUGAGUUACGUCCACAGAGAUCUGGCAGCCCGAAACAUCCUCAUCAACAGCAACUUGGUGUGCAAGGUUUCCGACUUUGGCUUGUCACGCUUCCUGCAGGAGAACUCCUCGGACCCCACCUACACCAGCUCCCUGGGAGGAAAAAUCCCAAUCCGCUGGACAGCACCAGAAGCGAUUGCCUUCAGAAAGUUCACCUCAGCCUCAGAUGUGUGGAGCUAUGGUAUUGUCAUGUGGGAGGUCAUGUCUUUUGGAGAGAGGCCCUACUGGGACAUGAGCAACCAAGAUGUAAUCAAUGCCAUCGAGCAGGACUACCGGCUGCCCCCGCCCCCCGACUGCCCCACUCACCUGCACCAGCUGAUGCUGGACUGCUGGCAGAAGGAUCGCUCAGCACGGCCUCGCUUCGCGGAGCUCGUCAGCGCCUUGGACAAGCUGAUCAGAAACCCCGCCUCGUUGAAAAUCGUAGCCCAGGAGGGAGCAGGGCCCGCCUACCCCCUGCUUGGCCAACGCUCGCCUCUGCCCCUCUCAUCCUGUGCUUCAGUGGGGGAAUGGUUGAGGGCGAUCAAGAUGGAGCGUUACGAGGACAGCUUCUUGCAAGCCGGACUCACCUCUGUGGAACAGCUGGGCCAGAUCAGCACACAAGACUUGCUGCACAUGGGUGUGACUUUAGCCGGCCAUCAGCGGAAGAUCCUGUCCAGCAUCCAAACCAUGAGUUUCCAGAACAAGACCAGCACACCUGUGACCUUCUAGCGCCAUCAGGACACAAAAUGCCACUGUGGACUCCACAAGAGAGACAUGGGAAGAAUGUGUUAUCGCUACCUGGACAUCCAAGAAUCCAGUCAUGGCGGGCUGGGCUUUUUUUUAUACGGGGGAUUUGAAGAGCGACAAAUAAAGCAGACUGUGAUGAAAAGCAGCUGCUUGUCAAAGAAGCUGGAGGCCAAUGACAGGCCGUCACACUGUUGUGUUAAUACACACAAGAUCCACUUCCACACGCCUGCUUGCAUCUGGAUCACAGGUUUCAUAUGAACAACACUUGAACCGCGCAGGAUUUUCCCCCCUCCCCUGUUUUGUAUUCUUUUGAUUUCGACAUGACCUCCUCUUUACUCAGGUGCGGCGCGUAGAGCAGGCUUUGCUGUGCUGGCUCGUAAUCAUAAAACUCCUCUCAUCCUUCAGCGUGAUGAUACAGCCAGAGAGAGAGAGAUCAGCACUUGUGUCGUUACAGAGGGAAUUCUAAUCUCCACUCAUUCCAUUGGUGUGUGAUUUUUUUUUUUUUUGUGAGUGCGGCCGACUUCUCUUUGGCAACGAGCAUAUAGGAGACUCUCAGACGUUAAAGUUGUCAAUGCGGAUGUUCAUCAUCUUGCCAGUGCCAUUCUUUGUGGAAACUUUUCCCAUUGAAAAAUAUAACAAGGUGAUUGUGUUCUUUCCUCAUUUAAUUUGACUGUUUACUGUAAUGUUUUUCCUUAUGAAGACUUUGCGAAAUGUUUAGUUUUUCUUCAAAAACGUCCUCUUCAAUGCAGUGGCGCGUCUACAGUAGGAAGGAAAUUCAUAUUGCCAAGGUCGUCAUGGUUUAACUGACACGUGAAACGUGACAAAUUUAGCCGCCAGAUGGUAGUAGUGUCAAAUACCUUAAAGCGUAUUCUGUGACAAUUCCAACUUUGAUCACAGCAUCAGUUGCUAUGCAGAGUGGCGCUUUCCAUCAUUUUCAGCAGACUGCAUCGCAAAAUGAUCCUCUCACAUGAGCUCCAACCAUGAACCGGCACUCCCCCAACGUUAACAACUGCACACAGCUCCUGUUCUCCUCUUAACGACUACAAGCGCUUGUUAAAGGAGAAAAAUUCACAUUUUUACUCCAGGAUUUAGCCUCUUUCCUUGAGGGCAAGACCAAUCUUGCUGACAUUUAUGACAAUUAGUUAGCAUAACGUCCCCCAAGAGGCUGGCAGUGCUGCGAUGCAUGGAGGAAAUCCUGCCAAAGAGCCAUGUUGGAUACAACAACAACAACAACAUUUUUCUAAAUGGCCCAUAAGACACAUAAACCCUUUUUUUUUUUUUAAGCUGCCAUUUUCGAUUUUAAUUUGCACCACUCAAGUGAUGUAACACAGACAUCCCCCCAUCAGAAUGUAGCUUACAUAUGGCUUUUCUAUCAUCUGGGAUCAUUUUCUGUGGCUUUAAGAAGAUUGAGGCGUAAUUAACCCUGGCGCUGAUUAACCAGAAGCCCCUGAAAUGAGGUGCAGGAAGUGUGUGACCAAUUUUGAUUCUUUUUUUUUAUAUAUAUAUAUAUAAUCAAUACAGAGUGGACUUAAAACUCCCAAUCAGUGUAAAUCAAACGGGCGCUUAAGUGUGUCAUCUUUUUUUUUAACGUUCACCGACGUAAACCACGACAAGCCUUCAUCCAAAGCACUGGGGACGCCAUCCAAGAUGUUCCUGUGAAGGAGUAUUAGGAACGUGGUCUUCAUAUUGAAGAUCUCGACGUCGUCCGCUUUUGAAAUAAUGACUACAUAACGAAAUAUGUUUGAUUACCGUCCUGUGUGUAGACUUGUUUGUAUUCAGUAUUCAUAAAUAAACAUACUUGUUAAUA